AUGCAGUUUCUGAGUAAUGAACAAUUUUCGAACGCUGUCAACUCUCGAACCCCGUUAGGACGGCUGGGAGAGCCGAAAGAGAUGGCAGUCCUGGUGUCAUUUCUAUGCCUCCCUGCAGCUUCUUACAUAACUGGGCAAACUAUUUGCGCUGACGGGGGUAUGAUCGUCAAUGGCUUCGUCUUCCAAGGAUAA